AUGAGUUCAUCAAUUAAUAUUACCUUGUUAAGCAAGUGCACACAACACACAAUAGACAAAUAUCCAUGGGUGACUGAUUAUAAUUCCACAUUAAUUAGCAAUUUGAAUAAAACGGAAUUAUUGGAUUUGAUUGCGGAGAUGCUUCAAACGCCAACACCCGAAAAUUUCACGGGAAAUAUAAGAAAUUAUAUUACGAGCUGCUUAUUUUCGCAUCCACGAUUCGAGUUGCCGUUCUAUCAACAACUGAUAUGGAUAUGUCUCUUCAGCGCAAUGUUAGUUGUUGCUAUUAGUGGGAACGCCAUUGUUAUUUGGAUCGUACUUGCACAUCGUCGGAUGCGAACAGUAACAAACUAUUUUCUGCUCAAUUUAAGUCUCGCUGAUCUACUGAUGUCGACUUUAAACUGUGUGUUUAACUUUAUCUUCAUGCUGAACUCUGAUUGGCCAUUUGGAGCUGCCUAUUGCACGAUAAAUAACUUUAUUGCGAACGUCUCCGUGGGUUGCAGUGUCUUCACGCUGUGCGCAAUUACGCUUGACAGGUACAUUGCCAUCGUACGUCCCUUGCAGCAUCGCACUUCGCGAAAGAAAGCCCGGAUAUUUUUGCUGAUAAUAUGGGUGUCAAGCUGCCUUCUCGCAGCGCCAUGUAUCAUGUACUCGACGACAAUGACAAAAACAUACAUGAAUGGCAAAAGUCGCACCGUUUGCUAUAUGUUAUGGCCCGAUGGGCGCUAUCCGACAUCGAUGGCUGAUUAUAUCUACAACAUUGUAUUUUUAACGGUGACCUACGCCAUUCCCAUGAUGAUCAUGUUAGUUUGCUACACGAGUAUGGGGCGCGAGCUGUGGGGCAGUCGAUCGAUUGGCGAACACACGGAACGUCAAAUGGAAUCGAUGAAGUCGAAGAAGAAGGUCGUGCGAAUGUUCAUCAUCGUAUGUACCAUUUUCGCCAUAUGCUGGUUGCCUUAUCAAUUAUUCUUCAUUUACGCGUAUCAUAAUCCGAAAUUCACUUCGAGUUCUUACGCGCAGCACAUGUAUUUGGGCUUCUAUUGGCUCGCCAUGGCACAAUCAAUGGUAAAUCCAAUUAUUUAUUAUUGGAUGAAUGGACGUUUUCGUGUGUACUUUCAACAAGCAAUUUGCUGCUGUUGUAUCCGAUUUCUCAAUAUACCGUCUGUCGCGGCGAAAACGGGCACGAGAAAAUUAGGAACUGGAGGCAUUUUGAGCAAGAAACAGUCGCAUUCGGAGUUGGGUCGAACGAAAUCUGGUAAGAGAAAAAAAUUGAUCUUUAAACUUAUUUUCUCACGUUUGCACACGAGUAGCAGCAUGAGACACCAUCAUCAUCAUCAGCAUCAGCAACAAUAUCAUCUCCAUCACUCGUCACGGAACGAAUCCAUGUCGCCAUUGAAGAAGGUACCAAAUGAGAAUAAUAGUCUAUUAAGUGUUCCAUCAUCUUACACACAAACAACGGCAUCGCCCGUACCGAACAACACGAAAAACACAUCGACAGAGGAGAUAAUGGAUUUUCCUCCGACACCUACGGAUGCGUCGCCUUUGUCUUGUACAUCGCCUGCAUUGACAACAACAACGACAAAUGUUCCCGUUACAACUACCAAUCUAUUCAAAUUUUCAUGA